GUGUACAAAGUCAUGAGACUAAAAGAUAGGGCAACUGCAGAGAAUCCAGGAUGAAGGAAUCAAGAACCAACGGUUUAAGGUGCGAGGAGCGUGAUUUAUCAGGAAUGUGAGGAGCAGCCUUUUCACUCUCAUUGUCGUGGGUAUAUGGGACAAAGUGUCAGUGGAGGUAGUUGAGGAUGGUAUCAUAACAGCAUUAAACAAUGACUGGUACAGAUACAUGGAUAUUAAAUCUUUACAUGAACAUGGGCUAAAUGCGGGCAAAUGGGAUUGGCUUAGAUGGGUCAUCUAUGUUGACAAGGAGAGUUGGGUUGAUGGAACUGUGUACUGUAAGACUCUAUUACCGUGAUGCUAAAUAGGUGCUGUUUCAACUGGAAACUAUCACCAAACAUUUUUCGUUUUAGCCAACAGGCGGCUCAGUCUGAGACCCCCGCAUUCUUCACACAGGAAGAAAUCAGCAUACUGAAGUCCGAGUUCGAAACGGGAGGUGUGGAAAACGUUCAACCUUUGAUACAGAAUAAAAUCAAAGAACUGAACAACACCGAGCUGAACAUCGCCGUGGCGGGAGACACGGGUACAGGAAAAUCCACCUUCAUCAACGCCAUGAGAGGGCUUCGUAGCGAAGACGAGGGAGCGGCUGCGGUUGGGAACAAGGAAACUACAAUGGCGCCAACCAGAUACCCACAUCCCACUCUGCCCAAUGUCCGCUACUGGGACCUGCCGGGGACCGGAUCUACACAAUUCACCGCGGGUUCCUACCUGAAGAAAAUGCAAUUUCAAAAAUACGAUUUUGUCAUCAUAGUGUCAGCUGGUCGAUUCACAGGGAAUGAUGCAAAACUUGCCAUGGAGAUUAAUCGGCUGGGGAAGAAGUUCUAUUUUGUCCGCUCUAAGAUAGACAUUGACCUUAAUUGUAUGCGGAGACAACGGAAAGAAUUUGAUAAAGUUGCAGAAAUGGAAAUGAUCCGUAGUGACUGCGUCGGUGGGUUGGGAAAAGCCGGGAUCCCAAAUCACACCGUAUUCCUGAUUUCCAGUUUUGAGCCGGAUCGGUAUGAUUUCAAUCGGUUAAAGGAAGCACUUGAAGGUGAUUUAACGAAUGUAAAGAAAAGGGCCUUUAUUCUGGCCCUUCCUAUAGAAAGUGUAGAAAUUGUUCAAAAGAAAAAUGAAAUACUGAAGAAGGACAUCUGGAUGUUCGCCACUCUCUCUGGAGGAAUGGGAGCGAUCCCAAUCCCUGGGCUCUCUCUCGCUUGUGACAUUGGGAUAUUGAUUAGAGUAAUAAUACAUUUCCAGCAAUGUCUGGGUCUAGAUGAUGCUUCUCUUCACCGACUGGCCAACAGAACAGGUAAACCUGUGGAAGAGCUAAAGGCUGCAGUAAAACCUCAUCUGCUGGGAGAAAUAACUCCAGAUAUCAUUAUGAGGAUAGGUUGGGGGACUGCUGCUGUUACCGUGUCAGCUCUGGAACUAGCUCUCGACUUUGUCCCUGUCAUUGGUUCCAUUUUUGGAGCAGGUUCAUCAUUCCUCAUGACCUUCACGAUGCUGCGAGAUGCACUGAAGGAUCUGACAGAGAGUGCGGAGAGGGUGGUGAGGGCAGCAUUUGAAAUUAAUUAACUGCUUUACAUUUACAUCUAUUAAUGGGGGGGAAAGUUAUCCCGUUUGUACAGGUGACGAGUCAUUUCAAAUUUCACCAAAACUUUCCCUAAAAAACUCAGUUUAUUAACAAUCAAAGAUCACCCUUGACAAUUGAUUGAAAACACUUGCUUUCUUAUAUACCGUCUGUAUCCAACCUGUUUAUACCAUGUCCAGGCAUUGCUCAAUCUAGCUAGAUACAGCCUCAGUUUGGAGCAUGUUAUUUCAUGUGUCAGGUACUAUGAAGGCACAAAAAACGCUUAAAUGUUGACAUGAAAUAUAUGUGGUAGUCCUUCCACAGAAACGUUUUGGGAGAAAACAUAUGAAUGACAUUGUAUAUUGGGGAUGAGUUAUUGAUUUUACUGAUUCUUCAUCUUACCGUGUGGAACACACAGUGGUUGUGAAAAAUAACUGAAAUGAAAAGCCUGGUGUUAGAAAUAGCAGAUCAAUCAAUUUCUAAGGUGAGACAAACUAUCUGCAGAGCCAAAAGAGAUGGGGGAGAUAUUGAACAGUUUCUUUUCUUUGGUAUUCACCAAGGAGAAAGAUAUUGAAUUAUGUGAGGUAAGGGAAACAAGUAGAGUAGCUAUGGAAACUAUGAGAUUCAAAGAAGAGGAAGUACUGACACUUUUGAGAAAUAUAAAAGUGGAUAAGUCUCCAGGUCCGGACAGGAUAUUCCCUAGGACAUUGAGGGAAGUUAGUGUAGAAAUAGCAGGGGCUAUGGCAGAAAUAUUUCAAGGGUUAUGAGAAACGGGAAUAGUGCCGGGGGAUUGGCGUACUGCGCAUGUUGUUCCAUUGUUUAAAAAGGGGUCUAAGAGUAAACCUAGCAAUUAUAGACCUGUUAGUUUGACGUCAGUGGUGGGCAACUUAAUGAAAAGAAUACUUAGAGAUAAUAUAUAUAAGCAUCUGGAUAAACAGGGUCUAUUAGGAACAGUCAACAUGGAUUUGUGCUUGGAAGGUCAUGUUUGACUAAUCUUCUUGAAUUUUUUGAAGAUGUUACUUGGAAAAUUGAUGAGGGUAAAGCAGUGGAUGUUGUGUAUAUGGACUUCAGUAAGGCCUUUGACAAGGUUCCUCAUGGAAGGUUGGUUAAGAAGGUUCAAUGGUUGGGUAUUAAUGGUUGAGUAGCAAGAUGGAUUCAACAGUGGCUGAAUGGGAGAUGACAGAGAGUAAUGGUGGAUGGUUGUUUGUCAGGUUGGAGGCCAGUGACGAGUGGGGUGCCACAGGGAUCUGUGUUGGGUCCACUGUUGUUUGUCAUGUACAUCAAUGAUCUGGAUGAUGGUGUGGUAAAUUGGAUUAGUAAGUAUGCAGAUGAUACUAAGAUAGGUGGAGUUGCGGGUAAUGAAGUAGAGUUUCAAAGUCUACAGAGAGAUUUAUGCCAGUUGGAAGAGUGGGCUGAAAGAUGGCAGAUGGAGUUUAAUGCUGAUAAGUGUGAGGUGCUACAUCUUGGCAGGACAAAUCAAAAUAGGAUGUACAUGGUAAAUGGUAGGGAAUUGAAGAAUGUAGGUGAACAGAGGGAUCUGGGAAUAACUGUGCACAGUUCCCUGAAAGUGGAAUCUCAUGUAGAUAGGGUGGUAAAGAAAGCUUUUGGUGUGCUGGCCUUUAUAAAUCAGAGCAUUGAGUAUAGACGUUGGGAUGUAAUGUUAAAAUUGUACAAGGCAUUGGUGAGGCCAAUUCUGGAGUAUGGUGUACAAUUUUGGUCGCCUAAUUAUAGGAAGGAUGUCAACAAAAUAGAGAGAGUACAGAGGAGAUUUACUAGAAUGUUGCCUGGGUUUCAGCAACUAGGUUGCAGAGAAAGAUUGAACAAGUUAGGGCUUUAAUCUUUGGAGCGCAGAAGGUUGAGGGGGGACUUGAUAGAGGUUUUUAAAAUGAUGAGAGGGAUAGAUAGAGUUGACGUGGAAAAGCUUUUCCCACUGAGAGUAGGGAAGAUUCAAACAAGGGGACAUGACUUGAGAAUUAAGGGACUGAAGUUUAGGGGUAACAUGAGGGGGAACUUCUUUACUCAGAGAGUGGUGGCUGUGUGGAAUGAGCUUCCAGUGAAGGUGGUGGAGGCAGGUUCAUUUUUAUCAUUUAAAAAUAAAUUGGAUAGUUAUAUGGACGGGAAAGGAAUGGAAGGUUAUGGUCUGAGCGCAGGUAUAUGGGACUAGGGGAGAUUAUGUGUUCGGCACGGACUAGAAGGGUCGAGAUGGCCUGUUUCCGUGCUGUAAAUUGUUAUAUGGUUAUAUGGUUAUAAAGUGCUCUGAACAUUCCAGUCAACAAAUUUAUCUUGGAUUUGACAAAUUCCCCCAAAAAUCACAGACUACAACACAAACCAAAAACCGGUUGUUUGCCGAGUAAGGCAAUUGUGGGAAUGAAGUGGAAGAUUCCUUUGUGUUGGAUGGCGGUGUCUAUUCAUCUACAGGAAAUGGACCCUUAUCCCUCAUCGUGUAUCUGUACACCGUGAAUGGCUUGAUUGUAAUCAUAGAUUGUCUUUCCGCUGACUGGUUAGCCCGCACAAAAACAUUUCACUGUACCUCUAUGUGACACUAAACUAAACUAAACUAGAUAUAAACUUCCGAGGAAUUGGAAAAGCAGUGGACAAUAAUUUGUAAGAAACACAUUGCAAAGGCCAGGUACAGUGGGAGGAAGGUGUGGGAGCUUGUUACACCAUCACACUGAACUAUGCUGCUUCAUCACUGACUCAGUAAACAGAUGGAUGUCAGUGAUCUGAGAAAUUGUAUCAGGGUAAGGAUUAGGACUGUUCAUUUACGCUGUAAUUAAUUUACAAUAUUCUGAAUGUUUCUAUUGUUAAUGCAUAACUGUGCCUUAAGACGUGUUUUACCCGAUGUAAAUGGUUCUGUAGUAAACCUUCAUGUGCAAGACAACAAUGACUGUGUUAAAGAUUCUGGGAGAUUACAUGGGGCAGUGAGGGAAUGGGUUAAAAUAUUAUGUUUUUUCUUUCAUCAUCUUUCAUCAUUAAAGACGGAAACAUCUACCGAA